CCUUAAAAUUGCUUUCAUACCGAAGUUUAUGUUAGGGGCAAGAAAAAGCCAUAAAAACUAGAGAUACAUUGUAAACAGAUUCCAGUAAUCAUCAUUAUGAUGAAACAGAACAGCAUACAUCUGUCUGAUUCUUCUUGAUAACCAACCAAAAGUUGUGCUUUUACUAUUUAGCUUUGAUAAAUAAUCUCGCCAUACGAAAAAGGACAAAAUCUUUAAACUAACUACUACAAUACAAAAGUUCCCUUAGCUACUGAAAAAAGGGGAUUUUUACUAGUAGUUUCAAGGCAAUUCUGGCAUAGUGUUUGGCAUGUGAGUUUUCUGAUUGUGAAUCUUGGAAGAAGAAGAUGAUGAUGAACAGCAGGGAUGAAUCUGAUAAUGCAAGCACAGCAACAUCAUCGUCUCUUACAUCCCCAAAACUGCCAGUUUACUAUGUACAGAGCCCAUCACGUGAUUCCCACGAUGAUGCUGAUAAGUCAUCAUCCUCCAUGCAAAAUACUCCUGCUUAUCACAGCCCCAUUGAUUCCCCUUCUCAUUCAUCUAGGGACUCUUCCUCUAGCCGCCUUUCGGGGAAUUGGCGAUGGGCGAGGGGUUACAAUCGGAGGAGAAGUGGGAAAGGGUGGCAAGAAUGUGCUGUGAUUGAAGAGGAUCUUGAUUAUGAUCAUAUGAAUCAAGCCUAUUCAAGACGCUGCCUAUUUUUUAUUGCUCUCAUGGGUUUUGGAGCUUUUUUUGCUUUCUUUUGCUUGAUUUUGUGGGGAGCUAGUAGACCUUACCAACCUCACAUCAGUAUGAAGGCCUGCAGGGUACAUAACUUCUAUUUUGGGCAAGGGUCAGACCGCACAGGUGUUCCGACCAAGUUGCUUACAGUUAACUGUUCUGUGACCAUGGUCAUAUAUAACCCUGCUACAUUUUUUGGAGUUCAUGUCAGCUCCAACCCUGUCAAUCUUUUCUUUUCAGAAAUCACAGUUGCAACUGGCCAGUUGGACGAAUAUUAUCAACCAAAAAAGAGCCAGCGCUGUAUGUCUGUGAACCUGGAUGGGUGUAGAGUCCCCCUAUAUGGAGCUGGGAUAGCCUUAGUAAAAUCAGAUGGCAGUGACGGGGUUCCAUUGAAAUUAGACUUUGAAAUCCUGUCACAAGGAUAUUUAGUUGGCAAGCUGGUGAAGACAAAGCAUCGGAAACACAUCUCUUGUUCCUUGCUCAUCAGCUCAAGAAGCACAAAAGAAAUAAAAUUCAAGCAGGGUUCCUGUGCAUUUGAUUGAGGUUGCAACAUCCACUCCAUUCUCCAACAUAUACUACUAACAGCGAUUCUAAUGAUUUCAUAUGCCUGUUUGGUCACUCAGAAGAUUAAGUUUGUUCUAUCUUAUGGCUCACCUGCCAGAACAAAUUACAACUUUGAAUCAAUUCAUUAGGGUGUGCUUUAGCAUGACCAACAUCCUGGUUGUUUCAACAAAACUGCCUUUGAUCACUUACUUUUGCUAUGUGUUUUCUAUGACAAAGUUUGACUAUUGUUUAUGG